AUGGCAACCGUUACACUCCCGUGGGACGCGCAGUCGAUUACAAUAAUCAGGCACGACGACGAAAACCCCGCAAACCCUCCGGAUGGCCACCUCAUCCUGUACACGAUCGCGCAGCCGGAACCUUUCACGAGCAUCUCGUCCAACGCGGCGUCGUCCCCACCGACAAAACGCAAACCGAGACCCACAUAUUCCCUACCGCCGCCUCCGAUCUUCGCGGCGACGCGGUUCCGGCUACCUCUUCCCAGCACCAACGAUCCUGGGUUCAGGCGCGAGAUCCUCGUGGGCGGAGAACGAGGGCUGCAACUGUCGAAAUGCUUCUCGGUCGGCGAGGACGUCAGCAUAACACACCUCCAAGGCACCAUCAGAGAAAUCUUGCGGCAGCAAGUGGAGGAACAAGUGAGCAUUUAUUGCAAUGGCCCGUUCGUCAGCGUUGAGCGAGCAUAUUUCCCCAGUGAGUGGGGACAGAGACAGAAAUUCGUGCGUGCGGUUCACAAACCCCUUGACCACAAGGGAAACGCCUACGUCACAUACUCGUUCAUCCUCGCGCACAUGGUAGAGCAACAGCACAGACACUGGUGCGAACUGUCGCUAUGGGACGAAGUGGAUCUUGAACCACUCCUGGGCCCAGCCGCAUUCUGGGCGAAAGGAUCCAAAGCGAAAUGGGAUUCCAUCUACAUCGUCGCGAUCAGGAAACACCGGACCUCAAAAGAAAACCAUGGUGCGGCCGCUAUCUGGUUCCCUGAGCUCGAAAUACGCGUUACAUGCUGA